CCUGAGAGUUGCGGGGAGGUAGGAAACAUCUGUAAAUGCACCCUGCCUUCCCCGCCUCACCUCUACCCUCCCGGAGGGUUAGGGAGGGAGGGAGGGAGGCAUGAGUCGGGACGCAUGGUGGUGGUGGUGAGGAAGUCGAGGUGUUCCUCCAUUCGCGCACAUCGUACGAUCCGAGUGGAUCAAUAUUUCGUUGGCGCGCCGGUGCAGAAGCAACCCAUUCUCGGUCUCCGUUCUGUUUACAACCGAAACCAAGCCGCCCCUUUGGCCAAAGUGCUGUAUAUUCCCUGGCUGAAAAAUUCCCGUGAUCAUCAUCCUCUAGAACCGCGGUGCAGACGUGUCCUCUAGGACUGUGGUGACUGUGUAAAACGUAAACGCUCCUCCGCCGACUCGGAUUUAUACAUCUUAAAACACUCACGUGGGGGACGUCUCAAUAACACCACCAUCCAUGGACCGUCAUUGAGAGUGCGACGACGACCAUAUUUCGGGAAUCUUAGUGUGUAUAUUCAUCCGCCCAUUGACCAACAGACGAGAUCCUAGAUGGUGUUCCUACGGAAGAAGAUGGUGAUGCGAGGAGUCCAGAGGCCUGACGGAUGGUACGUCAAGGCAACUCCAAGCGGAGAGCCGUACCCUCUGGAUUCACGGCUUGGACCGCUAUUCAAGGAAGCUGGCGUUACGACAGUAAAUGCUGCCUUAGCCUAUGGAACCUCCAUGCAUGGCAAUAAACCAUGCAUGGCCACUCGGCAGCUUCUCAAGAGAGAGACUUCAAAUGUCAGUGGUAAAACUUUUGAGAAAUUACAGCUGGGAGAUUACAAGUGGAAGACAUACACAGAAGUUCAAGAAACUGCAGUGGCUGCUGGUCUCGGAGUCAGGUUACAGGGUGUCGAACCUCUUGACCGUGUUGUAUUAUUUGCUGAGACAAGGGCUGAAUGGCUUACUGCUGCCAUAGGCUGUCUUCAGCAUCGCAUCAGUGUGGUCACUUUGUACACUACCCUCACUGACGAAGGUGUGGCUCAUGGUAUUAAAGAAACAGAAGUAUCUUUGGUAUUCACCAGCUACGAUCUAUUGCCUAGAAUCAUUCGUAUUCUUCCAGAGUGUCCUAAAGUUAAGACUGUUGUAGUAAUGGAAGACCAGCUAGAGGGGAUUGGGAAUGUAGAUAAAGUUCCAGCUGGUGUAAAUUUCAUUUCUUUUACAGAUUUAACUAGAAGAAAGCCUGGUUUUGACAAUAUCUCCACUCCAGUUCCACAACCAGACGACACAGCAAUUAUCAUGUACACAAGUGGAUCUACAGGUACACCAAAAGGUGUCGAGCUUUCCCACACAAACAUACUGGCUAGUGUUAUUGCAUAUUCCGUCCAAAUGAAUGUUGGUCCAGGUGACAGGUAUUUGUCAUUCCUACCCCUAGCUCACAUUAUGGAACUCUGCUCAGAGAUUGCUCUGAUAUCUCUGGGGGCAACCAUCCUAUAUUCCUCUCCCCACACUCUCACAUCAACUAGUCCUAAAGUGAAGAAGGGAUGUGAAGGAGAUGCCAAAAUUGCCAAGCCCACUGUGAUGAACAGCGUUCCACUGGUACUAGAUCGCAUAAUUAAAGGAGUGUCUAAGAAAGUAGAGGAGCAGGGAUGGUUGAAGAGUAUGAUUUUCAAUGGCACAGUCAGAUACAAAUUUUGGAUAGAAUAUAUACCAUUCACUUCAUAUGUUAUGGAUUACUUAAUCUUCAGAAGAGUUCAAGAAGAGCUUGGAGGUCAGCUUAAGAGAGUAGUUGUUGGAGGAGCUCCUCUUUCACCACAGACACAUGACACCAUGAGAGCUAUCUUUGGUGUGUCAAUCCAAGUAGGAUAUGGCUCUACAGAAACUGCGUCCUGCAUUAGUGGCAUGGAUGAAGAUGAUGUUAACACUGGUCAUACAGGUGGACCUAACCUUGGCGUUCUUAUGAAACUAGUUGACUGGGAAGAAGGAAACUACCGUGUUACAGACAACCCCUAUCCACGAGGAGAGAUUAUUGUUGGAGGUAUAGUUGUGGGUAAGGGAUACUUCAACCUUCCAGAAGAAAAUAAGGCAAGCUUCUAUGAGGAGAAUGGCUUAAAAUGCUUCCGCACAGGCGACAUAGGUGAAAUAGACCACACUGGAUCGCUGCGAAUUAUUGACCGAAAGAAAGAUCUUGUUAAGCUUAAGCAUGGAGAGUAUGUUUCCCUUGGUAACACGGAGUCAAAAUUAAAAACUCUGUCAAAUGUAGAGAACAUCUGUGUCUUCGCUGAUUCUACCAGAGAUAAGACAGUUGCAGUUGUUGUACCAAGUAUUGACAGGCUUCAUACAGUUGCAGCAAGCGUUGGAUUAAAUGAUGAGGGCCUGACAAUUGAGGAACUGUGUGCUGAUGAGCGGGUCAAAGAUGCGAUUCUGAAAGAGCUACAAACACAUGGUAAGAAGUGUGGCUUAACCAGAUGGGAAGUACCAGCUGCCGUAACACUAACUAUGGAGCCUUGGACCCCAGAUACAGGACUAGUCACUGCUGCCUUCAAACUUAGACGGAAGCAACUCAGCAACCACUAUGAGACCACUGUGUCAGAAAUGUAUUCACGUCUAGAUUAAUUUGCCUUUCUGGUACCAAAAAUGUUCUAUUUCAUAUAUAUUAUGUCCAUGUUUCUGGGAAUUUCAUUCUGAUUCCCAAGAACAGUCAUUCAGAUAAGAUCAUAUUCCCCAAAGCCUUUUUUAGUAAAUCAGUGUUCACUGGAAAGCUGUUGAAGAUAUGUAUAUGAUAUUUAGCACAUAUUCAUGUAUAUAUAUCCAAUGUAGUAUGUGAUCACUGAUGUAUUCUGGAACUUUAUUCAUAUAAUAUUCAUCAGAAUUGCUCUUGUAUCAUAUACUUGUAGUUUACAGUGACUUGAAAAUUAGCGUUAUGUGGUUAAAAUAUUACUUUCUAUAAGAGUAAACCUACUGUUCCUGUGCAUUGUAUAUAAUUAUGACUAUUAGUUUAAGAUAUCAAGAAGAUAUUGGUGGUGUGGACUAAACAAUGUACAAUUUUGUUCUUUCAAUGAGAAAUCAGAGGUCACUGAAAUCAUCUGUAGAUACUGGGAGAGAUCUUUAUUGUAAAUAAUCCAUUAUGUAUUAUAGAUUUGUAUUGUAUUUAGUUUUUGUUAACUACAGGGGACUUAUUGGGAGAAAGUGAUUUACUUAGAUGUCCACUUGUUACACAAUGUAUGAUGGCCUUGGUUUUCUUGUCAGAUAAGGGGUUAGGUAAUCAUGAAAGGUAAUUGAAGCUUAGUCUUAUGAACUGGUUGUCCCUCUGUAGUCAUUAAGUUAAACUCUUGACAAGUUAACGUUGAAGAAAUUGCAGUGGGGGACAUAUUUUAGACUUGUAGACAUUUUAUUUCGGUUUGUGGGGAAGAGGUUUCUCAUACAUCCAGUUCUUGCCUUAUGCAGCCACGAAAGCUCAGUCACUUCAUGUAUUAUAAUGACUGCUGAAGAUGUAAAUUUUCUUCCUUGUACAUAAACAAAACCACUUGGAUAUAUGAUUAUGUAUAAAGAUUAUUCAUUUUAAUUGGUAGCUAUUCUUGCUCAUCAGAGGUCAUAUAUAUAUGACCACAACCUCGAUAGGUCUUAUCUCAUAGUGAAAGUCACAAUGCCAUGGUGUUCUUAAGCCCCGUCCACACGGUCUAACUUUGCCCGACAGAGUUCAUCGGGCCAAGGUCGACCGUGUGGACGGGCCUUUAUUUCCUAGUUUCGUUGCAUCCCAUGACUUGAGAAACAUAUCUUUUAGGUGAUGUGUAGUGAGUAAUGUGCAACUUUCAUUGUUUUUUUUUUUAUUUAUUUCACAGGGAGUCACAACUGGUUACAGUUAAUCAAAUUCAGCGCUGAUAAACACUACUGGUGUAGUUGUUUGAUGUUCUGUGGAAAAUCAUAUCAUGUUUCUUUUGCUUUCGAAGGGAAAAAUAUAUUGGAUUAAAGUCCAAAAUGGAACAAGGGAACUGUUAUUUGAUUACACUAUGUCUGAAAUUCGGUUGUAUUUGUGAUUGUGAUCCUUUAUGGUUAAAUUUAUGAUUACCCAGUUAGAUUUCCACUGCAUAACUCUGAAACUGAACCUUCACUCAGUAAAUCUGAUUCAUGACUUGUUAGUAGAGUUUGUCUAUAAACAAAUAUAUACUUUAAACCUCGAUAUGAUAGGACUUCACAAGAUAUUUCAUUUAAGAUGCCUUUUGAGUUAGUGUUGAACAUGAAAAAAAACAUCUUAACGGUGCUAUUGAUGCCUUUAUAACAUGCAUUUUAGAUGAUAAUUUGUUAGAUAUCAUAAAUAUAUAUACACUCAUACAUAGACUAUGUACAUACUCUUAUACUACUCUAUACCUGCUAACAAACAACCCCGUUCAGGAAAGGAAUUUGUGACUUAUACUCUGAGGAGAUGUCAAUAGUUUUAAGAUAUCCGGAGACUCGAAGACGUAGACAUAAUAAGUAUAUAUGCUGUUUGCACUGCUUCAUCCCUUAUAAUCAAAUCACUUACUAAGCCAGAUUAUAUAAACUGAUUAGAACCUGUCCACAACUGGAAGCGCAAAAUUGCGAAAACCAGUCCAUACAUUGAAUGCGACAGCUUGUGAUAUAUUAACUGAGUUAAUAUUAACUUCAAACACCUGAAAUAGCAAUCUAUUGAAGUUUAUUUGGUAGUUUUUUUGGUCAAAGUACUACUCAGGAGAAUUUGAUACUUUCCUGUUUUUCAAUGUUAAGGAAAAGUUAAAUGAACUACUUAAUUUUGCUGAAACUGCACUUUCACGAUCUGUUACCACUUCUCGUGAACUCAUUCAGUGUAGAAUCGGAUGCAAGCAAAAUUGACUGAUCGGGUGAAAUGUCUGAGUGAUGUUUUUAUUUUCCAAAUACGUUCGUUAAAAGUUGAUACAGGGUAUUGACUUAACUCUUGCCCAGUAAAUGUAACCUCUGUAGAAUAUAGCGCAUUUGGAUGCUCUCUUAUUGGCCAGAGCGUUCGACAAGGCACUGAGAUUUGUUCAACUGGCAGUAAAUAUAAUUGGCAAUAAAAUGCUCAGCUAGAAUAUUUUUUUUUUUUAGAAAAGUUACAAGUAGAGAUAAAUGGCUAAGUAAUUGGAAAUGUACAGACUUAUUUAUAGAUAAAGUUCUUAGAUACACCAUCUUGUUGAAGAAAUGCUAGCUUUUCUGCAUUGUGGACGUUCUACAUUUAAUUCCAUUCAUUCAUUAUUCAUUAGAGAGCUUACCAUGCAGUGGAGUAACCUAUUUAGUUAUUCCAUUUCUAAAAUGUCACAUUAGUCUAAUAAUACCGCACCGACCCGAACUAUUUAUUUUUUCUGCUGGUUAAAACCUUUAUACCAAAGCUUGGCGUUAAUUGGGAAAUAGCGCUGGAGGUUUGUAACUUUAUGAUUAUGAAAACACAUUACGUUUUUAACUGUCAUGGUUACAACACAUCAUGGUUCAUAAACACACGGGAUUUAGUGUCUCAUCUUCUACUUUUUUUUUUUUUUAUCCUUGAUUGUUGGGUUAUGCUGACGGGAAGGUUAUAGGCUUUAUAUCCCACCUGCUGGCGAUUUUGACCAAAAUGUUUGGGCUUCCUCAUAACUCUCUUCCGUUAUUUGGGAACCUGAUUUGGAGAGAUUGAUUCUGUAAUGACGCUUUCAAAAUUGAUAACAAAUUGACAGCUGUCAAUAAUUGUUCCUUUUGGUAUUUUCCCAGGUCAUUAUUUGAGAAUCAAAUUAAGGAGCAAUUUUAGGUUAGAAUGGAAUAUGAAAACUUUCUUUUCGUUUCCUCAAAUUUUCGUUUCUCUAUAGUCCUUAGCUAGGGUCUAGAUACAUUCCUUUCGUGGUUUUCAAGCUGAGAUGAUCUGGUAGUACCUGUUAGGCAGAAGAAUGCUAAUGUAUUGCAUCAACAACUAAUAAUGGCAACACUUACUUUGUAGAAAUAGACUACUGAGUAAUCGAUUUGAGAUUGUAUUAAGGUAACAUUCUUUCUUGUGAAAUGUCCUAACUGGCAACAUUAGACGAGUGUUUUGAUGGACGCGCCUUAAAAUGAGGUGUUGCUAUGGAAGGAACCGUCAUGAAACGUUGACAAGUGGAAAUACUGUGAAACUGAAUCUUUUGUUAUUUUUGGAUUUGUAUGAAAAAUAAACCAGGCAGGGGUAAUGUUACCCUGUUCUUUUUUUUUUUUAAGUUGAUUAUUUCUUGUCAAAACGACCAAUAAUUUGUGAUUAGUUUCUAUACUGCAAAAUUGUGCACAAUCAUUUUCUUGGUUUUUGUCAGAAUGGUAAAUAUGUAAUUUCUAAAUUUUUUCCUCAUUAAACCACUGAUAACUGAUAUUUAUUCACAAUGGCGUUACCUCAAACAUUUGUCUAGAUGCCAACACUGUCAGAACAGUCUUAGUCAAUUCAUCAGUAUUGUAAUUUUUCAUAACUUUUCAUUGUCAUUAUCACAACACUGUAUGUCACUCUUUCGGGGCAUUGUAACUUUCGACUCCGAAACAGAAAGCCAGAUACAUAUAAUUUCGCACCAAUGUAAAUAAACCUGUGAUUCCUCAUCAAAUACCAGUAUGUUAAUUAAGCCUAUUGUUCAGAGAGCUUCAUAGUAAGAGUUCCAGGACGUUUCACACAACGUCGGGCUCCAUCGUCAGACCACAACAUUUUAGAAUGGAAUAAUAAUUUGUUGCCUAUUUAAAAUAAAAUACAGGUUGAAAUAAGAAGUCGCUCAUUAAAAGUUCAUCAAAUAUU